AAUAAUGAACAUACACAUCUUGAUGAAGAUCACAUUUACGCCAAAAGGUUCGCCGGAACUCGUCUGUCCGGAUGUCGGCUAUCUUGGUUCUCCUGCUCAUCUGACGUGCAUCCCGCCAAGUAAUAUAACUUCACAUGGCUAUACAACAUCGCGAAGAGAAGUCGCCGCCAUCUGCAGUUUAUCUAGCUCAUCAUGUACACCAUUGGGCAACUACAUGACAUCUACCAUCAACCAGACACACAGUAGCCUCACCAUACCUACAGUACAGCAAGCACAUGCUGGGCAGUGGACGUGUACUGUCCCACCUUGGUCUCCACUAUCCUGCAACUUUACUGUUGUGAAACUCCCGACCUGCUUCACAACAAGUGAUGUAACCACCACGACGUUCGACGUUGGCGAGGAGAUGUCCCUGACAGUACAUAUCGAGGGGUAUUACUGUUCUGAGCUGGUUCAGCUGAAGGUAUCGACGGGAAGAACUGAUCACGAAUACCCCAGUGAAACAGUCACUGAUAUAACAGAUAAAACAGUUAAGAUCAAAAUCGACAAGACCAACACCAUCUUCGAGGCGGAACUGGUCUUCACCUGCGGUGGCCAUAGCUCGACUCUACCUUGCCAUGCGAACAGCAGGACGUCGUCAAGUACACUUCAAAAUGGCGACCAAAAUAUAACACCAGGGACGCCAAACGCCACCGACAUCAUUGGAGUAGCUGUAACCGUCGUCUUAGUCACCAUCACAAUCAUCAUCAUCAUCAUCGUCACCUAUGUCUGCUUCAAAAGGAGGACCAUACAGCAGAAGGUGCCACCAGUGUUGGAAUGCCCCGACCCGUCGUACAUGGAGUUGAAGGAACCCCUCCAUAACACGUACGCCAGCGUAGAGGACCUCGGUGCACUGGGGUCGGGAUCCAAGAAGGACACUUGUCCACCUUGUACAGAAGCGCCUGCAGACACAGGGAACUAUGCAGCCGUUGGCGACACCAGUGUCCCAGACACUAAAACAAAGAAAGAUGACCUGCCUUCAUUGAUGGAGGCGGGGGGAUAUUCAACUGUUGCUGACAGACGUGUUACGGACAUAGGCACACAGGGAGAUGUCACGGCUGAACUUUUAGACACAAACUACUAUGAAACUGUUGAGGACCAAAGUGCAACAGCACCUAGUGUAAUGCAAGGAGACGUACCUCUCCCAAUUGACGCUGCAGGAUAUUUAACUGUUGAUUACACACAAGCUGCAGAAACUAGCCCACAGAGAGAAGACACAGCUAAACUUUUAGACACGGGCUACUAUGAAACAGUUGAGGACCAAAGUGCAGCAGCACUUAGUGUUGUGCAAGGAGACCUACCUCUCCCAAUUGACACUGCAGGAUAUUUAACUGUUGCUUACAGACAAGCUGCAGAAACUGGCCCACAGAGAGAAGACACAGCUAAACCCUUAGACACGGGCUACUAUGAAACAGUUGAGGACCAAAAUGCAGAAGCACUUAGUGUUGUGCAAGGAGACCUACCUCUUCCAAUUGAUGCUGCAGGAUAUUCAACUGUUGCUUACACACAAGCUGCAGAAACUAGCCCACAGAGAGAAGACACAGCUAACCCUUUAGACACGGGCUACUAUGAAACAGUUGAGGACCAAAGUGCAGCAGCACUUAGUGUUGUGCAAGGAGACCUACCUCUUCCAAUUGAUGCUGCAGGAUAUUCAACUGUUGCUUACACACAAGCUGCAGAAACUAGCCCACAGAGAGAAGACACAGCUAAAUCUUUAGACACGGGCUACUAUGAAACAGUUGAGGACCAAAGUGCAGCAGCACCUAGUAUAAUGCAAGGAGACCUACCUCUCCCAAUUGACGCUGCAGGAUAUUUAACUGUUGCUUACACACAAGCUGCAGAAACUGGCCCACAGAGAGAAGACACAGCUAAACCUUUAGACACGGGCUACUAUGAAACAGUUGAGGACCAAAGUGCAGCAGCACCUAGUAUAAUGCAAGGAGACCUACCUCUCCCAAUUGACGCUGCAGGAUAUUUAACUGUUGCUUACACACAAGCUGCAGAAACUAGCCCACAGAGAGAAGACACAGCUAAAUCUUUAGACACGGGCUACUAUGAAACAGUUGAAGACCAAAGUGCAGCAGCACCUAGUGUAAUGCAAGGAUACCUACCUCUCCCAAUUGAUGCUGCAGGAUAUUUAACUGUUGCUGUCAGACAUGCUGCGGACAAAGGCAAGCAGGGAGAUGACACAGCUAAACCUUUCGACACAGGACUCUAUGUAAGUGCUGAUGUCAAAAGUGAUGCAGAACCUAAUCUCCGACAAGGAGACCUACCUGCCCUAACUGAUGCUGUGGGGUAUUCAACAGUUGACGAUUUCAAACCAUGCCCCGGUGCCGCGUCAUUCAGUCACACGGGGAAGCCUGAAAUCAGAUAGAAGGACAGAAAACCAACAGACCUCUCUGUGAACUUUAUGCAACUGUUAACAAGAAGAGGGGCACGCCUAGGUUGGCCAGUGCUGAUGCAACUACCACCGGUGUUAUGUGUAAUAUACUGAAAUGCUGACAUUGGUUUUAGAUGAUUUCCAUAACUUUGGGUCAUCAUUAGGACGCAAUUUAAUUAUGGCUAACCUUUCCAAAAAAUUGAUUGUUGGAAAAAGUAACUUAGAUAGUGUAUAUAACAGUCAGACGUAAUGAACAUGAAAAUAUGUGUUAUGUAAAUAUACUUAUCUAUAUAAGUACCGUAUCUUACCUGUAAUAGUGAGUGAGUGAGUAAGGUUUAACGCCGAGUUUAACAGUAUUCCAGUUAUUUCAUGGCGUAUCAGCUUAAUGUUGUAGGAAAG